CUAAGCUAGCUCGCUACCUGCCGCUGGUGAUGUUGCUAACUCGGGCUCAGACUUUCUGAGAGCAACUAAGCAUGCUUGCUUCAAAUGAUGACGCAAUUUAAGGGAAGGUGAAUGAGGAGGCAGGCUUCCCGGUUAUCCCGGCCGCACAACUAUUAACCUUGAUGUUAUCGGCCGCCUCCUGCAGCUAGCUGGAAGUUUGUCAGUUUGUCAUCCGCCCCAGGAGGAGGAGGAGGAGGACUUGGGGGGUUCGGCUAAUUAGCUAGCUGAGACAGGGCAAGUACAUGUAUUCCUCUCCACUUACUGCCAAAGAAAAAUCUUGCAGUUCAUGUUUCGCCAAGAAGUCAGUGUGACGUCUUUCAUUCCGUCUUGUUCGUAUCUUUUCCACCACGAGAAGAGGAAUAUGUCCAGGUAUAACAUAUACAGCCUGUUAGACUGGGUCUACGGUGGGGUGGACCCGAAGUUUGAAGGCAACGGUGGCCCAGAAUGUGCCGCCUUCCUCGCGCCCCAGCAGCGCAUCAGUGAAAGUCUGGUGGUGCUCCUCAUUUCCAUAGUGGAGAUUGGCGUGGCGUUGAAGAAAAUAAACAUCUCCAAAGAGUUCAAAGUGGUGGGGAAAGAGUGCACAAGAUCAAAGGAGGACAGUGUAGGCAAGAACUUGUUGCUUGUUGCACUAUGCAUGACUUUUGGAGUAGAGGUGGGGUUCAAAUUCGCGACCAAGACUGUGAUCUACCUGCUCAAUCCGUGCCAUGUGGUGACCAUGAUCCAGAUUUUUCUGCUGGCCUGCCCGCCAUGUAAAACUGCAAUGGUGGUGUUUAGGCUGCAGGUCCAUAUGUUGAAUGGCGCUCUCUUGGCUUUAAUGUUCCCUGUGGUCAACACCAGGCUGCUGCCAUUUGAAAAGGAGAUUUACUACAUUCAGCACUCCAUGCUGUAUCUGGUGCCGCUUUACCUUUUCAGGAAAGGAGGUGUGUACAAGCCUGAGCCCCUGGGGGACAUAUGGUGGGCGCUUCUGUCCACAGGCAUCCUCUUCCUCUAUCACUUCCUCUUCUUACAAGUUCUUGGCCUGGUCACAGAAGUGAACCUCAACAACAUGCUAUGCCCGGCUGUGUCUGAUCCCUUUUACGGACCUUGGUACCGUGUGUGGGCAGCUGGCCACCAGACCCUCCUGACGCUCAUCCACGGGAAGGUUCUGACACUGCUCUCGCAACACACGGUUCCCAUAUGUAGACACCUCCUGGAUACGCUGCGGCUGCGCAACAAGAAAGUCGAUUGAACCACGAUACAUGCGAGCCUUUCACUCUCAAUGCCUUUUAUGUUGCUUUUAGUCCCCAUUUUAGUACAUCUUUUACAGCGUGUUUUACUGUACUCGAUCCCACGUGUCGUCCAAAUGUAUGCAACUUGCACGCACGAAGUUAUGUGGGUAUUUUAGGGCUGGCAAUUGGGUGGGCUAGUCCUCAGUCAGCUUGAUAUCUUGAAUCAUUUUUCCAGAAAAAUGCAGGAGAUCAAGUUUUUUUCUGAUGCUGCCUUUUUUGGGGGGGGGCACCACUUAUCUGCUGUUGUCAUUCUUCAAGUGGUGAAUGUGCAAAAGUUGCUAGUUAAUGUAUCAGCCAUUUUAUUUGUAUCGAGUGUGUUUGUUGUGCGCUGUAAAUGUGAAUAAGUCAUUACAGGAGUAUAGUGGGAGGAUGGCCAUCAACGAUCUGUCAGGGUCGUCAUCACGCCACCGUGUUUAUGUUGAACGGAAGAAGGGAAAAACUUUUUUGUAAGUCAACAAACAUUUUUCCCAUCCCCCAUCGGCCAUCAAGUUAAGUGAUGAUAAGGGAAUAUUAACUGUAUUAUUUCAACACUGUGCUAACUGGAGUUUAGAAGGAACUUGAUCAAAAAUGUAAACGCCACAUUCAAGUUCAAUGGGUGCACUAAGACUUGUGUUGUAAUUUAAUGUCUAAUUCAAAAACAUUAGGACCACACCAAAAAUAAAAAAUCAAUUGUGCCGUUUUUGUUUGAGAUUCUUCUAAAUUCCAGUGCAAACAUUCAGUCGAUGUUGAGAUGAAUGAGGAAUGGUCAGAUUAUUCUGAGAUGUCCUCUGCUGAGGAAGUUGUGCUCUUUUGGUUGAUUUGUUGACACGUUUGUCGAGAGAAGAAAAACUGCAGUCAUGCCUUGUGAAACUUGAAUAGCGCGUUGCUCGAUCCUCCUGUUAACAUUCGCAAGGAACUGUCAGAUACUCCGCCAACACAAACCCCAAUUAUCUGAUAAUCUGCAUGAGGUCACUUUGGGUAAUUUAUUGACGAUGAAAAGACGGUAUUAAUAUUUCAUCAGUCACGUUGUGUAUCAUUUCAAGUGUGUGUGUAUGCGUGUGUGGGAUACACCAUUGUAGCAUAUUAUACAGUCCGCAUAUAUUGUAUUUCAAUGUCAAGAAGGGAUGCUUUUCUACUCUUAAGGGAUUAUGUUGGUUUUUAAUUAAACUUUUUCUCAGUUGCUCAA